GAGAGAGAGAGAAAUAGAGACGCGGAGAAGGAGAAGAAAAGGGAGGAAGAGGGAGCGGAGCAGAAAAGGACACCUCAUCAGGCGUGAGGUCCGAGCCCCCUCCUCGCCUCCCCCCUUCCCCUCCGCGAUGUUACAAAGGCUGUGAGCUGCUCGCCUUUUCCCAUUCGCCUGCUGUCACUUCCUUCCUGGACGCUUUCAGGACGAGUCCGGUUACUUUUAAUCCGACCAGCAGCUCAGCCACUUUCUCCUCCUCCACGCUGCACACACGCACACACACACACACACACACCCCAGACAUCUUCUGGCUGCUUAUUGGAUUGACUUUGAAGGUUGUGUGUGUGAUUCAAGGAGGCUGCAUGUUGAACCAGGUGGCGAAUAUUUAAGGCUGGAAGAAGUAAAGGGAUUUUUUCUUUUUCCUGUGAAAGGAAAAUAUCUCAAGGACUAGUCUGAUCAUCCAAACAGCUAAAUGUUUAUAAUCAGGAACGGAUGCAGGGGACUGUGAACUGAGUAGUGCAAGUGCUGAAGAAGGAGGUUUGUUUUGAGGAAACGGGAAAGAGGAAGAAAAGAGAAGGGAAAAAUACCUAAUUUUAAGGAAGAAGGAGAGAAAAAAAAACGGGGACUAUGGGGAGAAAAAAGAUUCAGAUUACAAGGAUUAUGGAUGAACGUAACAGACAGGUGACAUUUACAAAGAGGAAAUUUGGGUUAAUGAAGAAGGCUUAUGAGCUGAGUGUUCUGUGUGACUGUGAGAUUGCUCUGAUCAUCUUCAACAGCACCAACAAACUGUUCCAGUAUGCCAGCACCGAUAUGGACAAAGUGUUGCUGAAAUAUACCGAGUACAAUGAGCCGCAUGAGAGUAGAACGAAUUCGGAUAUUGUUGAGACAUUGAGAAAGAAAGGACUUAAUGGCUGUGACAGUCCAGACCCCGAUGCAGACGAUUCAGUAGGUCACAGCCCUGAGUCUGAGGACAAGUACAGAAAAAUUAAUGAAGAUAUUGAUCUAAUGAUCAGCAGGCAAAGAUUAUGUGCUGUUCCACCACCAAACUUUGAGAUGCCAGUUUCUAUCCCAGUGUCCAACCACAACAGUUUGGUAUACAGUAACCCAGUCAGCUCACUGGGAAACCCCAAUCUUUUGCCGCUGGCUCAUCCUUCUUUGCAAAGAAAUAGCAUGUCUCCUGGCGUGACACAUCGGCCUCCAAGUGCAGGUAACACAGGUGGCCUGAUGGGUGGGGACCUCACAACCGGUGCAGGCACCAGUGCAGGAAAUGGAUAUGGCAACCCCCGCAACUCACCAGGUCUGCUGGUCUCACCUGGCAACUUGAACAAGAAUAUGCAAGCAAAAUCUCCGCCUCCAAUGAAUUUGGGAAUGAACAACCGUAAACCAGAUCUCCGUGUGCUUAUUCCACCUGGCAGCAAGAAUACAAUGCCAUCAGUGUCUGAGGAUGUUGAUCUGCUCCUGAAUCAGAGGAUAAAUAACUCCCAGUCUGCUCAGUCAUUGGCUACUCCAGUGGUUUCCGUAGCAACUCCUACUCUACCAGGGCAAGGGAUGGGAGGAUACCCAUCAGCCAUCUCAACAACAUAUGGUACUGAAUAUUCUCUGAGUAGUGCAGAUAUAUCAUCUCUCUCUGGGUUUAAUACAGCCAGUGCUCUUCAUCUUGGUUCUGUGACUGGCUGGCAACAGCAACACCUACAUAACAUGCCACCAUCUGCCCUCAGUCAAUUGGGAGCUUGCACUAGCACUCAUUUAUCUCAGAGUACAAAUCUCUCCCUGCCUUCUACUCAAAGCCUCAACAUCAAGUCAGAACCUGUUUCUCCUCCUAGAGACCGUACCACCACACCCUCGAGAUACCCACAGCACACGCGCCAUGAGGCGGGGAGAUCUCCUGUUGACAGUUUGAGCAGCUGUAGCAGUUCCUACGAUGGAAGUGACCGAGAAGACCACCGGAACGAAUUCCACUCCCCCAUUGGACUCACCAGACCUUCGCCGGACGAAAGGGAAAGCCCCUCUGUCAAGCGCAUGCGGCUCUCUGAAGGAUGGGCGACAUGAUAACAUUAUUACCUAUUAGGGUUUUUUUUUUUUUUUCUUGCAGUGUGUGUGUGCUAUACCUUAAUGGGGGAGGGGGGGUCGAUAUGCAUUAUAUGUGCCGUGUGUGGAAAAAAAAAAAAAAAAAAAGUCAGGUACUCUGUUUUGUAAAAGUACUUUUAAAUUGCCUCAGUGAUACAGUAUAAGGAUAAACAGAAAUGCUGAGAUAAGCUUAGCACUUGAGUUGUACAACAGAACACUUGUACAAAAUAGAUUUUAAGGCUAACUUCUUUUCACUGUUGUGCUCCCUUGCAAAAUGUAUGUUACAAUAGAUAGUGUCAUGUUGCAGGUUCAACGUUAUUUACAUGUAAAUAGACAAAAGGAAAACAUUUGCCAGAAGCGGCAGAUCUUUACUGAGAGAGAAAGCAGCUGUUAUGCAACAUAUAGAAAAAUGUACAGAUGUUUUGACAGACCCAGCGGUUGGGUGGCCAUGAAUCGAUGCUAGAAAGAGACUGGGUCACCUACCAUCCCGAAAAUGCUCACAAACAUGCAGGCGUAUCAUCAAGAGUAUGGCACUCAGUUAAAAAGGAACAUCACAUUUAAAGAGGACCAUACUAGUAAAAUUGUUGAGUUCGAGGGCUGACAUAUUUAAUUUUAAAAAUUCUGGGUCUGCAUCACUUAUUAAAUUAAAAAAAAAAAUAUAAAAAUAUGUACAUUACAUUUUGCUUAUUUUCAUAUUAAAAAGUAAGACAGAGUUUGCAAAGCAUUUGUGGCUUUUGUAGUUUCCUUAAGCCAAAAUGUGUUCUUUUUUCCUUGAUAGCUUCGCUAAUCUUUUAAACAGUCCUGAUGAAACAAACAAAAAAGGACUUUUUGUAUAGAAAGCACUACCCUAAGCCAUGAAGAACUCCAUGCUUUGCUAACCAACAUAACUGUUUUCUCUUUGCAGAAGUUUUGUUUUUGAAAUGUGUAUUUCUAAUUAUAUAAAAUAUUAAGAAUCUUUUAAAAAAAUCUGUGAAAUUAACAUGCUUGUGUAUAGCUUUCUAAUAUAUAUAAUAAUUAUGGUAAUAGCAAAAGUUUUUGUUAUCUUAAUAGUGGGGAAUUAUAUUUGUGCAGUUGCACAUUUAACUAUUUUCUUUCAGUUUUCUUUUACUGGGUAUACGUUUUACAGAUCAAAGUCAGCUCUUGAAAGACUGGUCUGUAAAAAGAUAGAAUUUACCCAUGGUGUAACAACUUAAAUCAUUUUAAUACAGCAUUUUACAAUCAGUUGGGUGAACUGCGAACCAUUGUAUAUACUGAUUAGUUCUUUCAUGCUGUUUUGUGCAUUGUAACAAGAUAAGGGCCCUUCUAUUACUCAUGUCCUGCGUAUCUUGUAGUUUUUCCAUGGGUUAAGUGACAAAGUGGCAUAACUUGGCCCUUUCUCAUUAAUGAAGCUGGUAUUCUGCCUGUCAGAAUUGGAUGUACAGCUCUAACGGCUGUCAGUUACGUGAGUGCAGGUGAAUAUUUGCGGAAGCAGUAGGGAGAGUUAAAGGGAGGGAUUGGCACAAACAUGCCUGUUGUAAAGAUUACUCCCUUCUCUCGCAGAUUUAAAACUCUUAGAGAGAUCAUCCAUUAAAGGACUGUUCAGAAGUCGACUGAUCUUACGCAGCCAAUAUUGGCCAUCAGGUCCCUGGUUCCCACGGACCUCUGCGGUUACGACAUCUCACAGCGGGCACGUUGUUGAACAACGCUCCCUGUGUAUUUGCAGCCAAGCAGGAUUUGCUUCAGCAUAUGGCAUCCACAUUUUUCUCCUGCCUCGGACUGUUCCUUUGACUAAAAUAGCUUGACGAGAGGGAAUGUAUCACUUCUUUAAGUAAGUCCCUCUUGUUUAUUAGAAGAAAGCGGUAUACUCAAGUGUUUCAGUUUAAUCUUUCUGUUGGAAGGAAAAAGUGUUCAAACAAAAUGUUAGUGCCAUAGUAAAACUGUAAUAUUCUCCUUUUUCCAAGAGUCCUUCCAACUCUCACCUACAUUGACACAAUGAUGAAGGAUAUAGCUGCAACAGCUAAAUAUCAACACAGAAUAUUUUGUUAAGGGAAAUCCACACUCUGUUUCCCACCUCCACACGCAGUUGCUGUGCACUGCGCAAUGAUAGAGCGUACCUCUCUGUAAUAGAGAAUGAUGAUGAGACUACAGUGUGCAUUAGGACAUACGCUUUUCACUUAUCAUGACUUUAUAGAAGCCUGCCUUACAGGCACUCUCAGCUGUGCAGGGGCUAGUGCAUAAUCUGGAAACUCUUUAAGCAGAAUACUGUGCUACUGAUGCAUCCAUCUUCUCUCGUGUAGCAAUCCGCAGGGUAAAGAAAAAGAUACGCAUGUUUUAAAAAAAAAAAAAAACACCAAAAAAACACAAAAAAGCAAACAAAACCAAACAAAAAAAAAGGUAAAAUGGGGCCCAUAAUUAAUUUUAAAACACACAAAAAAAAACCCACCUGUUUUUGAAACCACUUUCUUCACCUUCAGAUGAACCUAUACUCAUAUUCUCUUCUGAGAAUUUUAAACUUUGGUGUGUCAAAAAUAUGCAAAUAUAUCACAAAUGUACCUUGUCAUUUCAAAAAAAAAAAAAAAAAAAAAACAACUUUAUCAGUAUUGUAGUAGAAACUUGUCAGUGGGGAAGGGGAUUUGGUCUAUUGAUAUAUGAAGAAUAGCCAUAUUAAUAGUUUACCUUGCGAUUUGCCUCAGCAACGCAUGAAAAUGGAAAGAUAUCGUAUUUAACGAAGAUGCAGUGUAAUAUAUUACUGCAAGUAAAUAAGCAGAAAGUAGCGUGAAAAGUAUUGCCUGGGCAAUUUAUAUUAACUCUGACAGUGAUUUUUUUUGUAUAAACACAAGUAGAACAGAAUCACGUGAAAAUAAAUGCCAGUCACCCCUCUUGUUCCUGCUGCAGAGGGCAACUAACUUAUACUGGCAAAAUUGUGGGGGAUAAUGCAUAUUUGCAAACUGAUCUAAUGAUAAGAAGCACAACUUUGAUUGUGAAGUCACUUUCUGUAAACUAUAACUGUCUACCUUUCUUGUUCCUUUAUCUGUACCUUACCAUUUAUUGUAUUUGCAAAGCUAAUUUGGGUUUAUUGUGUGAUUCCUUUGUAUUUAAGGAGUUUGGGGCAGAGCCCUGAAAGAGUAUUAACAUUUACUUUACCUUAACCCAUGCUAUAUAAUGUUUUAGGCAACAUUCUUAAUUGUAAGUUGAAACACCUGAAGUGGCAUUCUAGACAUCUGCAAGUAUUGUUAUAGCUAAGCUAACCUCUAUUAAAAGGUGUUGUCAGUUAGUGUUUAAUUGCUGGUGACAAUUAUAUGAUAUACCCUAUCUGCACAACCUGUAUAUUGUAUGCAUUGAGCCAUUCGCAGUAAAGCUUUUGUCAUUUCAGUGUUUUUCAAAAGUUGUGUUUUAUAACAAAAUGGCUUAUAUUUUUCCCAGAAGAGGAAUUUAGCAGUUUUUAAUGAAUAAUAUAAAAAUAUCUGUUGUCCUCAGAUCUUUUUCAGGUAAAGCUAGCGUAAGAAUAAAAGAACUCAUAGACUGUUUUCAAGGAUGUCAACCCUUUUGUAUUGUAUGUGUUAUCCUAUAUACCCUCUUUUAUCUAUAGUCCUAACAGAGCUGUUUUGUUUUCCUUCUUCCUUCGCCUUGAAGGUAAAUGCUUUGUAAUUUUUUAAAAGCCACUUGAAACCUCAAUAAAGGCUGUUGCCUAAACAUGGCAUACUUCAUCUGUUCCUGUUUGUGCCAUCUGCUGUGAUGUCGUCAGUUAUAUGGCAUUAAUUUCCUGCCACUACAGGUCUCUUGAAGGACUGAUGGAACAUUGGUAUCUGUUAGAAUGCUUCAGACUGUAGAUGUAAUAAAAGGCUUUUGUUAAUAUAUUUUAACCAAAGAUGUGGAGCAAUCCAAGCUUUGAGCCACAGACCUUCUGCAUCAAAAGUAUCCGUUUGAUUAUUUUCAUAAUCAGGUGUUGCAUUUCUACCUUCCCUUCUCAUACCUCAGACUGAUCCGUACCUCAGUUUGAUUCAAAAAAGGUCAGUUAAGUAACUCAUUUAAAAAAAAAAAAAUUAAAAAAAAAAUGCAGUACCAGAGUCUUUUGUGGAGUAACUAAUAUCAGACCUGGGUUACCGCAGGCAUUACACUUGGAUUGCUUCAGAUGGUUUGUUGUAUCCUUUUUUUCUUUUUUUCUUCUCUUUCAUGGGGAUUUGCUUCCAUAAAACAAUGGUGAUAACAAAAAAAAAAAAAAAUAGCUUGUAAAUGGGAGCAUACAAGCAUUUGCAACAAAUAUUAAAGUAGAGGCUCACAGCGGCAUAAGCUGGACUUUGUCGCCACUAGAUGACAAGAUGUUAUAACUAAGUUAAACCACAUCUGUGUAUCUCAAGGGACUUAAUUCAGCUGUCUGUAGUGAACAAAAAUGGGAAAAUUUCAAAAGAUUCUCCUGCUGGAAAUAAGGUAUAAUUUGUAUUUUGCAGACAAAUCAGUAAAGUUACUGGCUUUCUUAGUGA